UCAUACAAAUCUUGGAAUAUUUAUUUAACAUAGCUAAUGCAUACUAUUUCGAGCUAAGUCCCUAUUAUCUUCUUUUGGUCAACCUGACUGUUUGUCUAACAGGUGGAAUGACAACUUUUCUUGCAGCCAUCAAUCGCUACAUUGUCGUCAAUUCUAGCUCCGAAUUUCAUGCAAUUUAUUUCACCAUUCUACAUGUCUUAUUAGUAAUCGCACCAUCGUUGGGAACAUUGAUUGGAGGUUUUAAUAUCCGGUUUUUAGAUGACAAUGAGCAAAAUAUACAGCUAAGAAAUUAUAACCAAAAUUUUUUCAUUAUGCUUGGAAUAAGUUUGGUUUCAUUUACGAUGAUUCUGCUAAUUAAAGUCGAUAGAAAUGAAUCUAUCAAGAAAACGAUCAUCAAUUGUGAUUCUGAAGCUCUCAUCAGUCCGGAUAUGAACCAGAAUAAUAUAGACAAUACUAAUCAAUCAAUGAUUGACAAUUCGCAUGAAUCGUUCACGGUCCAUAAAACUGAAUAUGGAGAAAUUAAAAAAAUUAUUGGAACAUUCUUUGAUCUCGACAAUGUUCGCCAAACUUAUUACUGUUUCAUAAAAAUCCGUCCAAAUCAGGCUCGCGAACAGAUAUAUUUCAUGGUUUUUAUUAUAUUUUUGUUUUUGAUUAAUAUGACAGGAAUCGAUUCGAUAUUCUUGCAAUUCUCAGAACAAGUCUAUCAACUAGAUGCACAAGAAUAUUCCAUUAUUUCAGUUUAUAUAAAAAUCUUACCAACAAUCGUCUUAUUGAUUAGUUCAUAUAUUCUGAUCAAUAGCUUACAUUUGAAGGAUGGAACAAUGUUUGCAUUGACAAUAACGUCCGGUUUUAUUAGCCAAGUUUUGAUCGGAACAUUUCCUAAUUUAUUUAUUUUUCUGGCCGCCAUCUUCAUAGGCUCUUUGUUUAGCUUGGCAAGCAUAGUGAUUAAAACAAAAAUGGCCAAAAUCGUAGCAACUGAUGAAGCGGGAAAAAUAUUCAGUAUGACCUCUACGCUGGAAUCUUUAUCACCAAGCUUGGGUGCAUUAAUUUUUUCUACUAUUUUUGCUUCAAGCAUUUCAUUUUAUCCAACAUUAUGUUUUCAUAUUGCAGCUUUAAUUACUCUAAUAUCAUUAAUUUUAGCUUUGUUUCAGGAUUCAUAUUUUGAAAAUGAUGACAAAUAAAUUAAUAGUUCUUAAUUUUAA